GCGAAACGGGCAUUAUCGGCCAGUUCGUCGUGGCGGAGAGUGCUUUUUCGUCGUCGGCUUCUUCGGACUCACGUCCUAUCGGCGUCCGAAAAUGCGGUCCUCCUGCGCAUUCGUUGUACUCGUGGCAUUUGCCGUUGCCGCUGCGGAGGUUUACCUAGAUGAAAAGUUCAACGACGAUUCAUGGGAAAAGAAUUGGGUCUAUUCUGAACAUCCUGGAAAGGAAUUCGGAAAAUUCGUUUUAAGCCAUGGAAAGUUUUGGAACGAUCCAGAAAAUGAUAAAGGUAUCCAGACAUCACAAGACGCAAGGUUUUAUGCUCUCAGUAGGAAAUUUACUCCGUUUAGUAAUAAGGAUAAGACUCUUAUUAUUCAAUUUACUGUGAAGCAUGAACAAAACAUUGACUGUGGCGGCGGAUAUGUUAAAGUAUUUGAUUGUUCUCUUGAUCAAAAGGAUAUGCAUGGUGAUAGUCCUUAUCAGAUCAUGUUUGGACCGGAUAUUUGUGGACCUGGAACUAAGAAGGUUCAUGUUAUCUUCAGUUACAAAGGAAAGAAUCUUCUAAUCAAUAAGGAUAUUCGUUGCAAAGACGACAUUUACACGCAUUUGUACACAUUAAUUGUCAAACCUGAUAAUACCUAUCAGGUACUAAUUGAUAAUGAAGAAGUUGAGUCUGGUGAAUUAGAAGCUGAUUGGAGUUUCUUGCCUCCCAAAAAGAUCAAGGAUCCAUCUCAGAGCAAACCUGCUGAUUGGGACGACAGACCUAGCAUUGAUGAUCCUGAUGAUAAGAAGCCUGAAGAUUGGGAUAAGCCUGAACACAUUCCUGAUCCGGAAGCUGUUAAACCCGAAGAUUGGGAUGAUGAAAUGGAUGGCGAAUGGGAAGCGCCUAUGAUUGACAAUCCCGAUUACAAGGGCGAAUGGAAACCGAAGCAAAUCGAGAAUCCCAAUUACAAAGGACCGUGGGUUCAUCCCGAAAUCGAUAAUCCUGAAUAUACUGCCGAUUCUGAACUAUAUAAGCGUGACGAGAUUUGCGCUAUCGGAUUUGACUUAUGGCAAGUUAAAUCUGGUACCAUUUUCGAUAACGUUCUUAUUACUGAUGAUGUGGAGGUUGCACGUAAAUUCGGAGAAGAUGUCUGGAAACCAACCUUUGAAGGUGAGAAGAAAAUGAAGGAAGAGCAAGACGAGGAGGAGAGAAAACAGAGAGAUAAAGAGGCCAAGGAAAGCGAAAACGCUAAGGAUGACGAAGACGAUGACAAUGAAGUGGACGAAGAGGACAACACUGUACCAGAUACUGAAGAGCAUGAUGAACUGUAAAUAAGAGUGUCGCAUGUGGACACAAAUACAGACUGUAUUCCAGGAGCUAUGUGGCCGCGACACGCACUAAAUCCUCCCAUAGGCACAAAAUUGUAAUCUAAAGACACACAAUAGCAAAAGAACAGGAUAAUACUCUCAUCGAUUACAUGAGAGUCUAACAUCAUAUUGAAUCUUGUUUUGAGCCCUUUUAAAUCAAAUGUUUUCUAGUUUUCUUAACAUUUCGUUAGUAUUUUUGGUCUUAGUAUCGCAACGCAUAAAAUUCUUAGUUGUCAAGGAAUUUUCUAUUCGAGUGCGUAUUAUCCUGAAAUGUUAACACUGUUAGAUCAAGUGGUAUAUUUCUGCGAAAUGUGUGCUGGAAUACGGAAGAACAAAUAGAAAAUAGAAGAAAAAAAAGUGUAGAGAAGAAAGAAACGAAAAAGAGUCGUCUAACCCGUGUUCACCAUCGGCGUAGCUCCAUAAAAGACUCUAAGUUGUUCCGUUUUUGUUUGUCAAGUGUUUUUAUAUACAUUAAAAGGUAAUUGAGAUGUAAUUUAAAUAACACGAUACUAUAUUAUAUAUAAUAUAUACAUUAUUUCAAUUUUCGUACAAUGUACGCGCGCAUAAUUCAAAGAAAAAAAAACUCGCUCCAAUUAUAAAAGGGAAAAACGUAAGAAUGAUGGAUGUGUGCAAUUGUGGCUGAAUGAUAACAAUUGGUAUGAUUAUGUAUCAGAGACAGUCCAAUAACCGUGAAAUAAAAUAAAUAAGACUUUUCUAGA